UGUUUGUUUUGCAUAUUGAAAUUGCUUUUAUGGAAUUCACUAGAGGCAAUAAAUGCAUCAUUUGAUUCCAAAAGCAAAAGUAGGUGUGUUGAAAAUGCUAACAUGUUGUUUGGUUGGCAUUUCUAUUCUUGUUUUGUUCUUCAUAUUUGCUUUUCAAGAGCAGGACAAACACUUUGAAAAAUGCUUAAUCAAAUACAGUAACGAUUUAGGGUUUUGCUUUUGAUAAAAUGACUAUGGAUAAGUAUGAAAAUUUCUACUUUUUUUUUUUGUUAAUCUGCCAUGUAUACUAGGCUUCUAAUAAUUACCAACCUAUAAAACAGUGUAACAAUGGCUUAAAUGCAGUCUUCAGAUGGUUUUAAGUUUAGUGGAAUGAGAAGUUUGUCAAUGGAAAUGGGGUCUGAGGAAGCUAAAAGAUUUUCAGAAGUCGAUUCAAGAGACAUGUACAGCAGAGUUAAACUUAGGGCUGUGAAUGGUAGGAUUUGUGCAGGCAGAGAUGGUAAUUUGGCUGUCGAAAAUGUCAAAUCAUUGAAUGAUGGGUCGAAGAAAUCUAGGGUUUCUGAUGAGGUUAAUUCUGUGGGGAUUCAUAGGAAAAUGGAAGAUGUGGAUUCUGUAAUUAAUACUAAGAAGUUGGCAAUUAGUGGGAGUAACAAUGAGAACGCCACAAAACGCAUUAAGUUGGUUAAUUCGGUGGUGGUGGAUGGAGGGCAAGCAGAGAUUUCUUCUAGAGCGAGAAAGGGAAACAGAGGAGCAAGAGAGGGAAAUGCCAUUUUGGAUUUGAUUGAUGCAUCUAGAGAAGAAAGAUUGAACACUUCGGGAUUAAAAUAUGAAGUGGGGGAUCUGGUUUGGGGAAAGGUUAAAUCACAUCCGUGGUGGCCAGGGCAGAUUUUUGAAGAAGCAUUUGCUUCUCCUUCAGUUUUUUCUACGAAGAGAGAGGGACAUGUUUUGGUUUCGUUUUAUGGUGAUAACAGCUAUGGAUGGUUGAAACCGGCAGCUCUCAUCCCUUUCGAUGUUCAUUAUGCUGAGAAAUCAAAACAGACAGAUGAUCAGCCAUUUUUAACUGCAGUUGAAGGGGUUGUAGAUGAAGUGAAAAAAAGAGCUGCACUUGGCUUGGCUUGUUGUCACCAGUUCCUUUCUAAUUUUCGGCCUACAAGUGUUCAGGGUUUCUUUGAAGUUGAUGUGAGGGGCUAUGAACCUGGAGGUCUGUAUUCAUUGAAGCAAAUUGGAAAGGCUAGAGAUGAUUUUCAACCAUUUAAGACACUCUCUUUCAUACGGAAAUUGGCAUUAGUGCCUCGAAGUGAUGUUCAAAGAAAUGUCAGCUGGAUGAAGAAUGUAGCUCAAGUUAUUGCUUAUCGAAUGGCAGUGUUUGAGGAGUUUGAUGAGACCUAUGCUCAGGCAUUUGGGAGGAAACUAGUAAGGGCUAGAGAUUCAGUGGUGGUUUUAAAGGACCAGGAGAAGGUGUCAUUGCAAGACCUAUUGAGUAGUCAACCCAUGAUUGCUGAUGUCCUAGGCGAAAGCAAGGGUUCUAUGAAGCCUGUAAACGUGGAGGCAACGCCGAAGAAAGACAAGAUUCUUUCCAAAUGGAGGGAUGAGCAGAAUGUUACAAGAGAUCAUCGCUUGAGCAAGGGCUCUGUAGAUCAUAUCUUGCAAAAGGGAGCUCCUCCUUCUGCCAUGACAUCUGAAUUCUCAGGGAAAUACAACCCACAUGGAUUUGUUGUCAGGGAUAAUGCGACUCCGAGUCCUGGUUGUGUAGGCAGAGAAGCUUUGACUAAGGAUAAGAAAUCAGUACUUGUAAAGGCUACUUCAGUUGAUGGUCAGUUGAACAAGGGUAAUGUCAAGUCACCAACUGGAUUCUCAGUUGAUCCAACAACACAGUCGUCAACAUACACCAAAGAUUUUCAUCGUGUUAGUUUGUCGGCAAAAUCAGAAUCCAGUGGUCCUCAGGAGAAAGGUGAGGAGCUAGUUGGCAUGAAACCAUAUAGGAUGGAAUCAUCAAACACAUCUCAGUGUUUUCAAAAUUCCCUAAAACAUGAGCUACAAACGGUGGACGUGACUUGGGAAUUAUCACCUCUGGAUGCCAAGUGUCAUAACAAAUUUCUUGUUACGAGUGAUAAUGCAGGUGACCAGAAGCCAAACAUUCUUAAACAUCCUGGGAAACACUUGCAUCUAAAUAAAUCUGAUAUAGGAGAGAUGAAGAUGAAAGAAGAAUCUGUCCCAGAGCAAAAUCAGAAAUGCCUCAAAACUAGAAGCAUCAACGAGUUAACAAGAAAAUUAGAUAGGAAAUCCUGUGGAACUGGUUUGUGUCAAAGAGAAAAUUCACAGAUCGACCAAGAGAGAAAAGGGAAUGGAAACUUUAGCACCGUAUAUUCUGAUUUGGGAAAUUUUGAAUGUGAACUUUCUGUAUUAGUUAAGGAUCUGUUAGUUCUUGCCCGGGAUCCAUUUUAUGGGCUGGAAAUCAACAUUCAUGAAAAUGUACAGCAUUUCGUCUUGCGAUUCCGAUCUCUUGUUUAUAAAAAAAGCUCAAGUUUAGCCCCUUCAGCAGAGGCUAAAACGAUGGAUAUUGGACUGAUCAAGUCUCCUAACUGUAAUGUGGCCACUGAGACCCCUCGUCAUGUGAAUAUAAAGGACUUGCCUUCCGCCUUUAAACCAUUAAAAAAGCGGUUCAGACUAGAUGAUCCUGCACAGGCCAGUGAAAAUCAUGGCACCUUUUUUUGCCAGGAAGAGACAUACAUGAAGAGGCUAGAUAGAUCGAAUGAGAUGAAUUCAUUGACUGCAGAAAUGAAGGAUGGUGAUCAGAAGCAUCCGAAGGUCCAAAGAGAAGAUGAAAAAAAGAUCGGGGUGAUUGUCUCUGCAAAUCCAGUAAAAGAUUCUCCCAUGAAACAAGAAACUGUGACUGGGGCUGCUGAACCAACAAUGCUGGUGAUGAAGUUUCCUCCUCAUACAGGAUUACCUUCAGUUUCAGAGCUAAAAGCAAAAUUUGGACGGUUUGGAUCCCUUGAUCAAUCUGCCACUCGUGUGUUUUGGAAAUCAUUAACAUGCCAUGUUGUGUUUCAGACCAAAUAUGAUGCUCAGGCAGCAUACUAUCACGCACUUCAAAGCAGAAUCCUGUUUGGCAACCGAAAGGUACAUUACCAUUUGCAGGCCUUGGAUGUUUCAGGAUUAGGGUUACUUGAAUCAGGCAAGUGGCUUGAUGAAGAAGCUUCCGGUAAGUUUCCACCUUUGAGGUCCACGAGCGCUAGAGAUUCAGCUGGUGAAAUAAGGUCUACUGCACUGCAGCAGAUAGCUAUGCCUCCAGGGGUCCAGCUAAAGUCAUGUCUGAAGAUGCCAACAGAAGAUGACAAGGAAUCCUCACCAAGUGUCUUGACUAAGAUCUCGCGUGUAAAAUUUAUGUUGGAUGGGGAUGGAGAUGACAAGGGAGGGAAACUUUUGCUUGGUAAUAGCAAAAUCAACAACUCUGUCGGUGGUGAUUUUUCCAAUGAAAAUGAUAGAAUCAAUCACUUUGUGAAUGUUAUUAACGAGAAGUAUCACCAAGUGGAGGCGAGGAACAGACACACUGAUCACACCACCACUGGCACCACCCACGUAGACAUCUCCCACGAGAUGCUGAACCUUUUAAGGAGUUGCAGUGACAUUGUGGCUGAUGCGAAGCGUUCAUUUGGAUAUGUUCCUUACCAUGCUCUCUGAUGAUGACUUGCACAAUUCAACAUCAUGAUUGGACUAUGCACGCGUGCCAUUGAUUAUCUCCUGCACAGCCAAUCUGCAAUGAUAUGAAGGUACAGGUAUAUAGUGAACCAAAAAUAUAUUAAUGGGACAAAGCUAAGACUUACAUAGGCUCUGGAUAUUGGUAUAGAAAGAGCAAUACAGAUAGUAAAAGGAAAUUUAUGAACCUAAAAUUUUAGAAAACAUAUAGAUUGGAAAAAGAUAGAAUAUAGUAAUGUUUUUAUCUAUCUUUAGUUGUUUAUAUUUUGUUUCAGUUGUUGAGAACCUGAGAUACCGCAUAUAUAAGUAAUUAGAAGGAAGUUAUAGGAGAAAGGUUUGACGCCUAAUAUUUCUCUGUUUAGACUUUAGUCAUGUGAAUGAUUAGUUGCUUUCAAUCUUCUGGGAUUUAUAUUGUAGAUAUCAUAUGCCUCGAUGCAUCUAAAUCUAUUGGUUUAGCUGAUUUUUGUGUUAUUGAGAUAGAGCUAUACCAUACAUGAUGCAUGGAGUUGAAUGAUUUGUAGCGUCCAGUGAACACAUAUAAAUGUUAAAGCUCGUUGUUGUUGUUGCUGUUUUUUUUUUUUUUUUUUUUGGCGACAAGAAUGUUGGUUUGUUGAUUAUGUAUUUUCAUGCCUUGUUUGCUUGAAUAUUCAUAACAGGGGAACAAAGGAAGUGACAAUGAAAAUGGUGAUGAAGGGGGGGAGGAAGAAACCUUUCCCGCCACUUGCCCCUUUAAAAAAGCAGCUUUCCCACUAACCAAACUCAUCUUAGACUCGUUGGUACAGGAAUGUGAAACUAUGGUGGGACUAAGUUGCAACUUGUCCCACUUGUACCAACAUCCCAGGAGGACCUUUUUUAUUGCGCCUUUUUCUUUCUUCAAGUGUAAUGCAUACAUGGACCCUGCUCCUAUCUGGCACAUUUUUUAUUUAAGUUUUUGUGCAAUUAUGGCUCCUUGUUGAGCGUUUAGGUAACACCUUUUUUAGGUAGAAUUUUUUUUAUUUUUUAGUGUUUGUUAAAGGUUUUGAAAGUAUUUUUAAAAAAAUAUUUUUGAUGUCUGACUUUAAGAAGUAUUUUAAAAUUAAAAUCAAAAUUCUUAUUUGAGUCAUUGAUUAUUCAAUUUUUCUCUUAUUAUCCAUUAGUCUAAUUAUUUUUAUAUUAGUAAUAAUAAUUAUUUGACAAACAAUAUAAAAAAAAUAAUCAAUUGAUUUUUGAAAAAUUGAUAAAGAAACCAAAACAAGUCUCUCUAUCAUCAAAUGCAACAAGUGAGCUUUUUUUUUUUUUCUUCACUUUACAUAUCACUUUUUAAGGUUUUAGAAAGUAAUAAUAUACGGCAAUAAUAAUGAUAAAGAAAAUAUAAUAAUAAAAGCAAAUUGAAGAAACAAAAAAAGAAAAGAAAUUAUAUUAUUGUUGUUAAAGAAAAGAUUGACCCUGUGCCUCUCACCUCAUAAUAGGUGUUGGCCUAUUAGCUUUUUUCUUAAUAGAUGUUUUUUUUUUCGGUCACUAAUCUUAGUCUCUUUCUCUCUCUAGACUCCCUCUUUAUUUAUCUUAUCUCUUUCUAGACUGCCUUUUGGCCACCAUGUAAAUCUUCCAUGUACUUGAUUGAUAUUUUUUUUUUUUAGUUGGUACUCACACAGACAUCUCUUUUGAGACUUGAACCCUUGAUCUCCUUUUGGGAAGUAAGAGGUUGAUACUGCUAGACCACUGGCCCGUUAAUUACUUGAUUGAUAUUUUCAAUGCCUUAUGUUUUUGUUGAAGAGAUCUAGAGUGAAAUUGAAAACAAUUU